AAAGAUAAGCUAAUAACUCAAAAAUUAACACAUAAUAUAAUCUAUCACUCCAAAAAAAAAAAUGGAUUAUUAUUCAACCUUGUUAUUAUUAUUUUCUUUUGUUUGGGCUUUCUUACAUCUUUUCAAACAUUUUAAUUCCUCAAAACUCACUUCUAGUAACAAUUCAAGGCUUCCUCCAGGGCCUAAAUCUGUACCAAUUCUAGGUAACUUGCCUCAUCUAGGCGAUUCGCCUCAUCGUUACUUAGCUAACCUAGCUAAAAUGUAUGGCCCCUUGAUCUCGGUUAAAUUUGGUAGUAUCACAACUAUUGUUGUAUCCUCGUCUACAGUAGCCAAAGAAAUGUUCCAAAAACAUGACCUAACACUUUCUACUAGGCAUGUUUCUGCCGCGGUACGUUCUAAUGGGCACGACAAGUUUUCCGUUGCAUGGCUACCCGUGUGUGCAAAAUGGCGAACCCUAAGGAAAAUCUCCGCCGUUCAAUUGUUCUCCACGCAAAGGCUUGACGCGAGCCAAGCCCUUAGACAAGAAAAAGUGGCUAAACUUAUGGAGUAUGUUAAGGAAUGUAGUAAGUCGGGGGAGGCUAUUGAUGUUGGUGGAGUUGCAUUUACAACUUCGCUAAACUUGUUGUCUAACACGUUCUUUUCGUUCGAUUUGGCUAGUUAUAACUCUAGUGAUACAGGGGAGUUUAAGGAGCUAGUUUGGAAGAUUAUGGAGGAGAUUGGAAAGCCUAAUUUGGUUGAUUGUUUUCCCAUGUUAAGAUUCUUGAGUGUGUUUAGUGUUAAUUGCAAUUUAAUGGGGUAUGGUAAUAAACUAAAUGAGGUUUUUGUGGAUAUUAUAAACAAGAGGUUGGAAAGUUUUGCUGUCAGUGGAAAUAAUGAUGGUGGUGAUGUGUUGGAUACACUUAUUAAGAUCAUGAAGGAGAAUGAAUCUGAGUUGAGUCUUGAUGAUAUUAAGCAUCUUCUCAUGGAUUUCUUUACCGCGGGAACAGAUACUACCUCAAGUACGUUAGAAUGGACAAUGACUGAACUCCUCCAUAGCCCGGAAAAAAUGGCAAAGGCUCAAGCUGAAUUGAAACAAGUUUUAGGAGAGAAUAGGAUUGUUGGAGAAUCUGACAUUUCAAAGCUUCCUUACUUACAAGCGAUAGUGAAAGAGACUUUAAGGAUGCACCCACCAACCGUGUUUUUACUUCCACGUAAGGCGACUAAUGAUGUUGAACUGUAUGGUUAUGUUGUGCCUAAAAAUGCGCAAGUAUUUGUUAACCUUUGGGCUAUUUCACGAGAUCCCAAUCACUGGGUAAAUCCGGAUUUGUUUUCACCUGAGAGGUUUUUGGAGCGCGAAAUUGAUAUGAAGGGACAAGAUUUUGGACUUAUUCCAUUUGGAGCUGGAAGAAGAAUAUGUCCUGGAGAUACAUUGGCAUUUCGAAUGCUGAAUCUUAUGUUGGGAAAUCUUCUUCACGGUUUUAAUUGGAAAGUUGGAGAUGGGCUCAAGCCAGAAAAUUUAGAUAUGACCGAUAAAUUUGGAAUUACUAUACAAAAAACUAUACCUCUUCGUGCCAUUCCACUCUCCAAGUAAAUUAAAAGAAGAAAAAAAAUUAGGAAAGACGUGGAACAUAGGCUAAAUGAAAUAAAAGGGUUGGUUCAAUUGAUUACUUUUUAUCUACCUAGAUUGAUUCCCAUAAUGGGGAGUCAUGUUACACAACUUCCUUACAGUUUUAUGUUGAAAAAUGUUCUCUUGGAUUCCUAGUUAUGUUAGAAGUUGUAACCUUAUAAAUGAUAAAUGCAGAAUACUUCUUUAAGUUUUAGAAAACUUUGGAGUAAAAUUUGAAUUUCAUAUCA